AUGGAUACCGACGGCGGCGAACAGGCGGAGCUGCCGGGCACUGCCGGCCAGGGGUCUGAGCCGUUAGCAUGCGUCACCUGCCGUUCCCGGAAGCUCAAAUGCGACCGUGUCAAACCGGCUUGCAGUCGAUGCAUGAAAGUAAAGGGAGAGUGCGUAUAUCCUGAGUCAAGGAGAAAACCUGCGUUCAAGCGGAGGAAUGUGAAGGAGCUCGAGGAGAGGCUAGCCCAGGUGGAGGAUCUGCUCAAAGAGGCCAGCAAGACUAAUGGAGCUGGGCCAACGGCGGGAGAUCUAGACAGUCGGAUCAACGUCGGCAUGGACGACUUUACCGUCGAUGUGAACACCUUCCUUGCAAUGCAGAAUGGCUUAGCUGUUGAAACUCCCGACAUACCGACCGGAUUGCUAGGGGAACAAAAUGUUCCGCCCACCGAGACUCAGGUUCCUAACCUUGGCGAGCCCUCUGGAGAGCUUAUGGGGCUUGGGCUUUCAGAAGCCUUGCCCCCUUUUGAGAUGAUGGAGGAUCUUAACAAGAGUUUUUUCGAAAGGCAACAACAUUUCAUACCCAUCAUCCAUCCAGGCCGGUAUUUUCAGGCGUUCUAUUCGGCGCCUCACAAACGACCGCCUAUGUGCCUGCAGUAUGCCGUUUGGGCCAUGGCUUCAAAUGGACACGAGAAGUACUCUCAAUACCAUGAGAUAUUUUACAAGCGGGCUCGGCAGUAUGCGGAUGCGGAUGAGAUGAGGAGCUACGGCGAGCAUUUCUUAACCGUCCAACACGCGCAAGCAUGGGCUCUCAUAGCCACAGACGAAGCGAGGUGCAUGUUCUUUACAAGAGCAGCCAUGAGUUCAGCAAAGUGUGUGCGUUUAGUAGAAAUGAUGGGUCUCCAUCGAAUCGAUGGCGAUGGCCAGGAAAUGGCCCCGACACUCGCACCAGCAACGUCGUGGGUUGAUUUGGAGGAGAGACGGAGGGCGUUCUGGGGUGCAUACUGCAUAGACUGCCAUGCAAGUAUCUCAACAGGUUGGCCGACUCUCAUCGACCCCAAUGAGAUCACUACUCAUCUACCGUCUUCCGAAGAAGCGUUCAACUCGGCCCGGGAAGAGAAAACUUCAAGCAUGCAGGAUGCUUUCAAGGGGGCAUCGUAUUCGACAUUCGCUGGGGCUGUCAUUAUCUGUUACAUCUUCAACAUGCUUCUGAAGCACGUUCACUGGGAAAGGCCUAAGGAUCGACCCGAAGACGUCGAGUAUGGCGAGUUUUGGAAACGCCACAGAGAUAUUGACAACAUGCUCUCAAGCGCCUUCAUGUUCUUGCCUGAACGCUUCCGUCUGCCUCAGAGCAUGAAGGAUCCCACUGCGGUUCACACAAAUCUCAACCUCCACGCGUCAAUCAUAUGUUUGCACCAUGCAGCGCUUGAUAGGAUCGAGGCGAACAGUCUUCCUGAUCAACUGAAGGCUUCGUCACAACUUCGACUGCGAACUGCAGCGGAAGAGGUGGUCAGCAUCGUUAAGCUGACGAGCCACAUGAACUCUGGUUACAAGAGCCCUCUGGUCGCUUUGUCGCUGUACUGCGCCGCAUCUGUAUAUGUUUACAAUGCUAAAUGCGACCCGCAGAACGGCCUGUCAAUGACUGAUUUACAAAACCUCAAAUUCAUCAUCCAGGCAAUGGAGGGCAUCGGGCGCAGGCAUCUCAUCACGCAAGCCUUCCUCCAGCAAAUUUAUAUGGACAUUCAGCGCAACGGACUCUCGGGCAUCAUUGAUGUGCCCAAUUUGAACAAUUACAAGAACACAUUCGGCUGGACGUGCUCUAACAUCCCGUUGCUUGCACGCAGCUCAAUAUCUAAACACACCGAGGUCCAGCCUCCUCUCCCUGGGAGGCUACCCCUCGGCAAUCCCAGAGGGACUGCUUACGAGAACCACCCAAGGAUGAACGAAAGAUGGCACGGGUCAAUGAUACCCCAGUCGGCCUGCCCUACCUCUGCGGAUUUCGCUCAGCUAGGCCAUCCAGCAUAUCUCUCAGCAAGCGAGACCCCACCCGAGAAUGCCUCCAAUAAGCGGAAGCGGUCUUCGUUAACGGCGAGCCCCAGUGCAAACCAUGCCAAGACUGGCGUCUUCAGCGGCACAUUCUUUUCCGAGGGCAGUUCUAAAGCUGCGCCGGCGCCGACGUCAACAAGGAAUGGCAUCGACGGCAUGGGCGGCUUCGGUACGGGGUUUCUGCGCGCCUCGGGGGUGAUUCCAAAAAACGGGUCGGUGCCGCAGUUUAGCCUGCCGCACAGGACGAACUCAACAUCACCAUCUCCGUCUUCGGUUUUUAACAAGAGUACACCUUCACAAUCGGCAGUCAGCAGCAACACUACGCCUCCUGAUGAGGCAACGGGAAACAAUACGCCAGAUAACAGCGUCCAGAGCACCAAUGGCAAUAUAAGAGACAUGAAUGGUGCAGCGAGUGGGAACGGCAGCAACGCCAAUGGAAACGUGAACGAAAUCAUAGAUAUAACGAGCAUCCAGACUCAACUCGCAGGCGCAUCGUCGUCGACGUGGGACUCGAGGGGCCUCCAAUAUGCGCCUAGCAUCGAUCCAAUUUCAUUCAUCGACUUUGACGCACUGGAGAAGGAGGUCCAGACCAUCAAGAAUGCGGUGAAUCCCAACGCCGUCUCGGCUGCCGGCGUGGCCCCCCCGGCCGCCCUCCCGCUGCCGAGCCCAAGUACCGCUUACCCGGUAAGUGUCUUUGCGGAUCGGCCGCCUCCUUCGGCCGGUCGUGUGAGUCUACCUGCUUUGUCACCUGUGCACUCCCGCCCGGCCGAGCAAGUUCCCACACCUACCCUCACUUCGCAUACGACCCCGACGGGACCGGUGAGACCUCCGGCACAGCCGAGGGCGUUGGGGUCCAAAGUACUAUCCAGCGAGGAUAUUGAGUUCUACUUUGACCACUACUUUGAGCACUUCCACCCUUACUUUCCAGUUGUCCGGUCCCAAGACCCGGAUAAGCUGUAUAGGCUGAGCCCCAUACUGUUCUGGACCAUCAUAGCCGUGUCAUCACGGCGGUACGCCAAAGAUCCCGGAUUGUUCCAAUUCCUGAUCGACAAUCUACCCAAGGAGGUUUUGUCUGCCGUGUCGAAUCCGCCCAUCAGCAUAUCGACCAUCAAUGCGCUGCUCGUGCUUUGUACGUGGCCGCUCCCCACCAUCAGGUUUCUCAACGACCCGUCAUCUUCCUAUGUCGCCAUUGCCCAGAAUGCGGCCUUGUUGCUUGGCCUGCACACAGGGCGUGGUACCCAUCCCGAGUUUUGCAUCGGACCGAACCGACAGACAGAUAUCACGGACGAGGAAGCCUGCUUCACCUGGAUGGGAUACAACAUCCAGGCUCAAAGGGUGGCAUCGAGUAAUGGAUUUCCUCCACCGGCUGGCUUCUUCAACGAAGCUGUCAACAGAGCAGCUGGCGGUCGGUCGCUACCAGACGCUUUGGGAUAUUUCGGUCUGUUGUACGAGAUGCAAAAGUUUUCGAACCGACUAAACCGUACCAUGUUUUCUGUCGCUGAGGAUGGCGAAGGAGUGUCGGACUCUGUUAUACAGCUACUGGAGGACGAACUGAACAAACUGAGGCAGCUACAAGCUCGGCAUAAUACAGACCUUGAUUUGUUCGCCAUCCUGGCGGUCCAGUUCGAGCUGCAGUCGUAUUAUUUUAUCCCCCUGUCGACUGCUGACAAGUCCACGUUCCGCCACAACGUGAACCGAGCAUACAGCACGGCACAAGCCAUCAUAAACCUAAGUCUGCGUCUCGAUAACUCCCAGCGCUUCUUGCACCACACCCCUCAGCACGCCUUUCGGACCGUGCUCGACGCCGCAGCCGUCGUCUUCGACGUGCUCAUUUCCGGCUACGCGACAGAUCUUGAGCUCGCCAACGCCGAGGUAUCCAUCAAAAACGCCCAGGAAGCGCUACGGAGGUGCUCGGUGCAAGAGGGCGAUUUCGCCAUGCGAAUCCUGCGCAUGAGCGAGUCAUACUGGAGCUUACGGCAUAUAGUAUCACCACUCGAGGCGCCGAUUUCAAACUACCCCCAUCGCACAGGUGCAGUCGUGUCAUUCGGCACGCUGCGGCGGUGGAAGAAGGAGCUCGACCAGGCGAGGAUGGGCCAGGCCCAGGCGGGCGGCGGCCAGGCGGGCGCGGCGGGGUCGACGCCGGCGGCGCCGGAUGCGAGCGCGAACGCGAACGUCUUGCCGACGAAUGAUUUGCUGCAGGAUAUCGACUGGUCGAUGCUGAUGGACGACUUUGACUGGACGGCGGGCGGUGCGGGAGAACCGAACUUUUUAGGAUUAUCGUAA